GAUUUGGCCCAGCUGCUACAUUCAUCGGAGGCUCCACGUUUCUCCACAGCGACCGCCGCCGGAAAGCAGCCAUGAUCAUUUCGGAGAAGAACCGCAAGGAGAUCUGCAAGUUCCUCUUCCAAGAGGGAGUGUGCUAUGCGAAAAAGGAUUACAAUUUGCCGAAGCACCCAUUGAUCGAUGUCCCGAACCUCCAGGUGAUUAAGCUCAUGCAGAGCUUCAAGUCGAAGGAGUACGUGAGGGAGACAUUUGCUUGGAUGCACUAUUACUGGUAUCUGACCAACGAUGGAAUUGAAUUUCUGAGGACUUACCUCAAUCUACCCUCUGAGAUUGUUCCGGCCACCCUUAAGAAAUCGGCCAAGCCCAUGGGAAGGCCCAUGGGCCCCGGAGAUCGCCCUCGUGGACCUCCCGGGGACGGUGAGAGGAGAUUUGGGGGUGACAGGGAUGGGUAUCGGGGUGCCCCUAGAGGAGGCCGUCCUGGCGAGUUUGGUGGAGAGAAGGGUGAAGGAGCUCCUGCUAAUUUCCAGCCGUCUUUCAGGGGUGGUAGUGGAAGGCCUGGCUUUGGUCGUGGUGCGGGUGCACCUCCAAGUUCCAGCUUCUCCUAAAUCUUCACUUCACUUCACUUUUUGUUUUGAAUAUCAGAGAUGUGAAACUUUUGUUUUUUGGUAAGAGGAAAUGUCAAGUAUCGUUUGCUCAAGUUUAUCUAUUUGAACGGCGCGUAUUUUCACAAUUUUGUAUGAUUUGUCAAAAUGACUGUCCCGUACUGGUUUUGUUGGUUGGUAUCCUCAUAUUAUUAUGUUUGCUUCCAAUGUCCAAAUUGCUUGUAUAAUUCUAGAACAAGAAGAAAAUACAGGUCUGGAA